AUGGAUUAUCAUCGCAACUACCGUCCUUGUCCCACCUUCUUCGUGGAAGAAGAGUACGGCAUGGAAAGUCGGCUCCGGCAGGAGCGGCAGGCGAAGCAGGAGCAUGAGAAGCAGGUGGCUCGUGAGCGUCAGUAUGUUAUGGCAGAUGAGCUGUCUACUCUCACCUGUGAACAGCUUCGGGACGAUGUCCUGAGUCACAUGUUGGAAAUGGAUAACCAAACCCUGCCCGACGUCGAAUCCAUUGACAUCCAAACCGAGAUCCAGUGGUUCAUGCGCCCCUACCUUCUUGACUUCUUGAUCGAGGCCCACACUGCGUUCCAGCUUCUGCCAUCCACCUUGUUCUUGGCGAUCAACCUUCUAGACCGAUACUGCUCCAAGCGUGUGGUCUACAAGCGUCACUACCAGCUGGUUGGCUGUGCAGCUCUACUCAUUGCGGCCAAGUACAAUGACAAGAAGGAUCGGGUUCCCACUAUCAAGGAGUUGAAGUCGAUGUGCUGCUCUCUCUACGAUGACGAUAUGUUCACCCAGAUGGAAUGGCAUGUCCUCCAAACUCUUGGCUGGUCCAUUGGACACCCGACUGUGGAUGCUUUCUUGCAGCACGCUGUUUUAGACGAUGCUUACGACCCCGAAGUGGAACACAUGGCUUUGUACAUCCUGGAGAUUGCCUUGUUCCACCGGGACUUUGUCGCCAAGCUGUCAUCCGAGCUUGCUCGUGCCGCCCUUGCGUUGUCGCGCUGUAUUCUUAACCGACCGCAGCCCCGUCAUACCCAAUGGUCAUCACAGUAUGACUCGGCGACUCUUGUUGCCUUGUCUCAGCAGUUGCACCAACCCUCCACAGUGGUCGCCCGCAAGUAUGCUUCCCCUCACUACUCUCGGGUCUCCAAGGUCAUGGAACACUUCCUCACCCGCCAGGCUUCGUUGGCAACUUACGCCCGUUGUACCCCUCCGGUCGAGACUCCUAUCGAGUCCAAGCCGUACAAUGGGGAGAUUGGCCUUGCCACCCCUCAGAAGUCUCAGCAGUUGACAGCUAUUCCCCAUGGUUACCUCACUCCUCCCAUCACCCCGGACAAUGAGGCACUCGUGCAUGCUCAUGCACAAAUGGCAAAUCAUGAUAUGACCCGCGGAAUGCCCUCUGUCCACCAUGGCUGCUCACCUUCUCCCGCGCCCUCCGCUGAGAUGCAAUACAUGAACAGCGAAGCGUACCAGCAGGAGGCUAUGUAUAUGGCUCAGCAAGCAGCGCUCCAGCAGUUCCCUCUGGCACCUACCCACAUGGGAAUGAGCCAAACCUAUCAGGGUGGGAUGUAA